AUGGCGAUAGGACGGCGCGUGGCGGGACGCGAGGGCGCGCGGAUGGCGUCGGGGGAGGGCGACGAGGUGGCGGGCGGGCGCGCGUGCUACUUUCAUCGCGACCUCAAGCGCGGCAGCUACGGCGGUGACGUCAGCUGCCUGCAGGAAUACCUGCGCUCCGAGGGAUUCCUCUACGAGGAGCCGUCGGGGUACUUCGGCACGGCAACGGAGGAGGCCGUCAUCAAGUGGCAGACGAGCAACGCGCUGGUGCCGGCGCGCGGCAUCGUGGGGUACUCGUCGCGCGUGGCGUACGCGCGGAAGCACGGGCUGCCCACCACGGAGCAGCUGCGCGCCAUGGAGAAGGCCGCCGAGGCGGACAAGAAGGCGGAGGUGAUAGAGUUCUGUUGUGAGCUGGUGGGAAACCAGGAGAUUUUCCGCACCAAGCGGUGCAAGGAGGACGCAUCCCUGGCUGAUCGCAUGCACCUCUGCAGCGAGGCGUGCCAAAUGGCAGUCAGUGAGGCGUGUGACAAGGCCUUUCCAACGAGCCAAAACAGCGACUACAAGAAAUCACCGUCCGGAACAGUAUUAGUCGUCGUUGCCAUGGCAUCAGCGUCGUGUCACACGUCAUUAACAGCAAAUGGCGUUCGAUACGCCACUGGCGGCGCAGUAAAGCUCUCGCAAUCAAGGCGGUGCGCGUUUUCCGGCGCCAGGCGUAUCGACGGCGGGCUCUUGCGCCGUCGAGAUCACCUCAGCCGCCGCGUAGUCGCCGUUCGAGCGUCUGUCGAGAUGACCGAAGCGGAGAAAGAGGGCUGGCGGAAACGGCGGAGCGAGGCAGCGGAGGAGGCGGCGCAGAAGGCGGAGAAAGAGACGGAGGCGGCGGAGGCGGGCGCGGUGGACGAGUGGCGGUGGACGCUCAACUGGAACCACAUCCUGCCCAACCUCAUCGUCGGCUCCUGCCCGCGCUCGCCGGACGACGUUGAUCGCAUAGCGGACGAGGCGGGGGCGACGGCGAUCCUGAACCUGCAGUCCGACCUCUGCUUCGACGCGCUGCAGAUUCCGUUUGAGAGCAUUCGGGCGCGGGCGGUGGAGCGAGGGGUGUUGCUGGCGCGAGUGCCAAUCAGAGACUUCGACCACGGCGACCAGGCGUUCAUGCUACCGGAGGCGGUGCGGGUGGUGAACGUGCUGCUGCACCGCGGCCACACCGUCUACGUGCACUGCACGGCGGGCAUCAACCGCGCCUCGCUCGUGAGCGUGGCGUACCUCUACUUCGUGCAGGGGCUGCGCCGCGACGAGGCCGUCACGCUCGUCAAGACCGCAAGGCCCAUCGCGCACCCGUACCUGGACUGCCUGGCGGACGCCAAGCGGCGGCUGCUGGAGGGGCGGCAGGAGGAGAUGACGGCGCUCGCCACGCAGAUCUAUGAGCAGCGCAGCAACGGCGGUCACACCGGCUCCGCCACCUCUGAUUGGUCCGCCGCCCAGACGACAGCCAUUGCAGCAUCGUUCCGCAAGUACCUCGAGGUCGACAAUGGCCUGCUGUCAAUGGAGGACGACCUGGCAGCAGCGGCAGAGGCGAGGCGGCAGCAGCAGGAGGAGGAGAGCGAUGACGAGCGCGGGGAGGCGGUGGCAGCGGAGAUCGAGCGGCUGACGGGGGAGCUGCGGCAGCAGCGGGAGGAGAUCCAGCAGCUGCAGGCGGCGGCACGGCAGUGGAAGCUGCAGAAGGAGCAGGCGGAGGGCAUGGUGCAGCUGCUGCAGCAGGAACUCGCCAUGAAGGACGCCGCUGCUGCCACUGCUGCUGCUGCUGCUGCCGCCGCCGCUGCUGCUGCUGCCGCUGCUGCAGCCCCUGCAGCCGCCGCUGCAACCCCUGCAGCCGCCGCUGCAGCCGCUGCAGCAGGAGGGGGAGCUGGCAGCUUGAAGGUGGCAGGGAGCACGACCAAUGGAGUUGCUGUGGUGUCGAGUGUGGAUGGGGCCAAUGGUGUUGUUGCCAAUUCAAAGCCCGUGGGACCUUCUAAGUCUGAAAGUGUCCCAAAGUCACUCAAGGCUGCUGAAGAUCUGACGCCCCCAUACGUAAAUAUGACGUCGAGUCAGGUGUCAGCAGCGUUUGCGGCGGCGCGCACGUCGAAGGUGACGACGAUAGUGUGGUUCCGCCGCGACCUGCGCGUCGAGGACAACCCCGCGCUCAUCGCGGCGGCGCAGCAGGGCGCCGUGGUGCCGCUCUUCGUGUGGUCCCCGGAGGAGGAGGGGCAGUUCUUCCCCGGCCGCGUGUCGCGCUGGUGGCUGCGCAACUCGCUCUCGCAGCUGCACGCGGCGCUCACGGCGCUGGGCGUGCCGCUCUUCAUGCGGCGCGCCAAGUCGACCCUGGCGGUGCUGCUGGAAGUCAUGGCGGCCACCGGCGCCACGCAGGUCUUCUACAACCACCUCUACGACCCCGCGUCGUUGGUGCGCGACCACCGCGUGAAGCAGGAGCUGAGUCGGCGCGGCGUGGUGGUGCGCUCGUUCAACGCGGAUCUGCUCUUCGAGCCCUGGGAGAUCUUCGACGACCACGGCAAGGCCUUCACCACCUUCCGCUCCUUCUGGCGCCACUGCCUGCACCACCCGCGCCCCUCGCGCCCCGACCCGCCGCUCCCCGCGCCCGCGCGCCUGUGCGGGCCGCUGGGGUUCGUGCGGAGCGUGGCGGUGGAGCUGCUGGGGCUCGAGGCGGACGACGAGCGCCCCAGCAACGACCUGCUCGCGCGCGCCUGGCUGCCCGGCUGCACCAACGCGGACCGCGCGCUCGUCGCGUUCCUGCACGGCCCGCUGCUCGAGUACGCCGCGAACCGCAGCAAGGCGGACAGCGCGACGACGUCGCUGCUCUCCCCGCACUUGCACUUCGGGGAGAUCUCCGCGCGCCGCAUCUUCCACGAGUGCCAGCGCCUCAGCGUCGCGUGGCAGAAGGACGGGCUCCCGCGCGCGGCGGAGAGCGUCGCGCAGUUCGUACGCGCGCUGGGCUUCCGCGAGUACUCGCGCUACCUCUCCUUCAACUUCCCCUUCACGCACGAGCGCUCCCUCCUCGCGAACCUCAAGCACUUCCCGUGGCGCGUCGACGAGCACAUGUUCAAGCUGUGGCGGCAGGGGCGCACGGGUUACCCGCUCGUGGACGCGGGCAUGCGCGAGCUGUGGGCGACGGGGUGGCUGCACAACCGCAUCCGCGUCGUGGUCGCAUCGUUCUGCGUGAAGUUCCUGCAGCUGCCGUGGCGGUGGGGAAUGAAGUACUUCUGGGACACGCUCCUCGACGCGGAUCUCGAGGCGGACGUGCUGGGCUGGCAAUACAUCAGCGGCUCGCUGCCCGACGGCCACGAGUUAGAUCGAAUGGACGACCCCGAGGAGGACGGCUAUCGCUUCGACCCCGAGGGGGAGUAUGUGCGGAGAUGGGUGCCGGAGCUCGCGCGCGUGCCGACGGAUUGGAUUCACCACCCGUGGGACGCGCCCCCCGUCGUGCUGCGCAUGGCGGGGGUGGAGUUGGGCGCGAAUUACCCGCGGCCCGUGCUUGAUGUGCUCACGGCGCGGCAGCGGCUGCAGGAGGCGGUGGACACGAUGUGGCAGCGCGAGGCGGCGCUGAAGGCGGCGGCCGCCAACGGGUGCGACGAGGGGCUGGGCGACACGGAGGAGGUGCUCGUCGCGUUCUCGCGCGCGCCCGACCACCGCCUGCCCAUGCGCGUGCACACCGCGCUCGUGCGCCCCGAGCUCAGCUGCGCCAAUGGCACCUCCGCCCCCGCCGCGUCGCACAGCACGCUGGCGGCCAGCGCGAGGGGCGGCGCAGGAGGGUUGGCGCGCUCCGCGUCGUGCGACUCCGCCGCUGCCAGCGGGGUCGGGCCGUGGCGCGGGCCUGCGGAUAACGGGGAGGGGGAGGCGCAGGGGGUGCGCGCGGGCGGGGAGGAGCUCCCCCUGGCCGUGCAGAUGGAGGCGGCGGCGGCGGCAGUGAUGGCGGCGGACAGGGCGGGGAAGGCAGCGCGCGGAGCGGCGGAGGGGGAGUGCGCGGAGGCGAAAAGACAGGCUGCGGAUGGAGACGCAGCGGAGCUGGGGGCGAGGGCGGAUGGCGCGGACGGCGCGGGCGGUGCGGGCGGAACCGUGCCGGGCGUUGUCCCGUGGAACGACCAGAUGGUGCCGUACUUCCCCUCGCCCGCCACCAUCCAGGCCGCGGAAGCCAUUCUCGCGGGGGACGCCGCCGCCGCCGCGCGCGCCACCGAGGCGGAAGGCGUGCAGCCGCCCUUCCCCAAGGACGUGGCGGCGGAAGAGAAGGGCACUCGCCCCCCUGCGCCGGGCGCGCCGGAGCAAGCGGGUGCAGGGAAGGGGAACGUGGCGGGCGGGGCGACGUCGGCGCUGCCGCGCUGGGCGGCAGUUCUGGGCGGGCAGGGCGGAGGAGCCGGGCACGGGACGGCGGAAGGGCUGUCCCCGUCCGCGCGCGUGUCCAGUCUGGUGGAACUGCAGCUGUUCCCCUCUGCCCCGCGCCCCGCCCCCGCCGAUGGCGCGCGCGCGCAGAGGGGGAAAGUGGCGGAGGGGAGGCAGGCGGAAGGGUCGAAGAAGGACGGUGGGGGCACGACGGGGAAGGAAGGCGGGGGAGUGCUGGGGAAACGCGGAUUCAGUAACGUGUGGGGAGAUGACAUGCCGUUCCCUUCUACAAUGUUCCGAAGAGUGAAAGAUGAAACGCCGUUCGUACCCGUACUGGUGCAACAGCAACUGCGGCAGUACCAGCAGCAACAACAGCAGCGGCAGGCGCAGGAGGGGCAAGAGCACCUGGCGGCGAUGAGGGCGGGUGUGACGGCGGAGGUGGGGCAAAAGCUCAUGGCGCUGCAGCAGCAACAGCAGCGGCUGGCGGCGGGCAACGCCACGAAUGCGCGCGACCGCUGCAACGCGCCCAACGACCCCGCCGGCGCAGCCAGAGCGGCGCCAGGCGCAGCAGCCGCGGAUGCAGCUGCGCCAGGCGCGGCGGAGCAGCAGAGGGGCGCGGCGGGCAGGGAGGCGGGCGGGGUGGGGGGCGGGGUGGGGGGCGGGGCGGGGGGGCUGUACGCGGGGCCCACAGGGCGCGUGGCGCUGACAGGCCUGCCCUUCCGCGUGAGCGCCGCUGCUGAGGCGGGCGCCACCAGUACUGGCGCCGCAGCCGCAGGCAGGGCGCACAAUCGUGGGAUGCGGUCGCCUCAACGCAGCAAGCCCGAGCGGCUGUCCAGUGAGGAUGCGACAGCAGCAGCCAUGGGCAAGAAGGGGUGGGGGCCGCUCACCUUCCUCUCCCUCGUGUCGCCACACCUGCCGCACCACCCAGCAGACCCCCACGCCCUGCCCGCCUUUCCCCCGUCCGCUGCUCUGCAAGAAGGGGUGGUGCCCAGGCAGCACAUCCGCCUCUUCCCCUCCUGA